AAUUCUACGAAUAAGCCCUAAUUUCCCCUUAUUAACAUCUGAAUCCACAAUCUCGAAGAAUCAUCUUUCAUUUCUUCACCACAAAAGAGGCUAUACAAAUCAAGAGCGUCUCUCGCCAGAUCUCCAAUUCCGAUCCAUGUCGAAGGAAUUCAACGUGCCUCCGGUUGUUUUCCCUUCCGGCGGUAAUCCGGCUACCGCCGCGUCCGGCCCCCAGCAGAGGCGCCUCCCCACCGCUCCCUUCCAGCCCCCCAGAUCUUCGAACGCUGGUCUCCCCUUCCUCUCCUUCGAUGUCAACUCCGCCGCCGCGUCCACCUCCUUUUCCGCCGCGCCUCAAUUCCCCUCCACGAUCGGUGGCGUCGGCGGCACCGGAUUCGACGACGAGCCGCCGCUCCUCGAAGAACUCGGCAUCAACACCAAGCAAAUCUACCAAAAAACCCUAUCGAUUCUCAAUCCGUUCCGGAUCAAUCACUACCUCCACGAAGACGCCGAUCUGUCAGGCCCGUUCCUCUUCCUGAUGGCCUUCGGAUUGUUCCAGCUCCUCGCCGGAAAACUGCAUUUCGGAAUCAUACUCGGCUGGGUGACGAUGGCAUCGAUGUUCCUGUACGCCGUGUUCAAUAUGCUGGCGGGCAGAAACGGGAAUUUGGACAUGUACAAGUGUCUCAGUCUGAUUGGGUACUGUAUGCUGCCCAUCGUGAUGUUGUCGGCGGUGUCCCUGUUCUUGCCGCAAGGCGGGAUGGCGAUUAUGGUGAUUACGGGGGUGUUCGUGAUCUGGUCGACUCGUGUCUGCACCGGAUUGGUCGUUGAGCUAGCCAACUGCGGGGAUGAGCAUCGAGGGCUGAUAGCGUAUGCUUGCUUCCUGAUUUACAUGCUUUUUUCGCUGCUUGUGAUUUUCUAGUUGCGAGGGAACAUUGUACAACAUUGAAUCAUAUAUGUUGUUUGCGUAUCAAGCUUAGCUUAGCAGGGAUGCUAACUUUUACAUAUAUGGUAUGGGAAUAUGGUCGGCAUUUUUGUUUAAGGUGUGAAGGAAAAUUUGUUUACUUUGUGAUUGCUGAAUGGUGGUUUGAUAUGCCGGAUAAUGUAAUGCAUUGGUGGUUGAAAUCAUUUGCUUAAUUUUGCUUAA